AUGAGUCCCGCAAUAACCUUACUCCAACAACAAAUGAGUAGUUCGAAUCAACCUGUUCGAACUACAAAUGAAGAUAUGAUAGAAAAACUAACUAAGUUAAUGGAACAAAUUGUCAUAUCGAUAAAUAAUAGACCUCAAGAAAUUAAGAAUAAGUCACGUGAGAAUUACCGAAAUAGAAUUAAUCGCCCUAAUCAAG